AUGAAGGCGUCGCAGACGUCCCCCAUGUCCCCCAUGCACCAAAGGCCUUUGCCCAUAAGGACCAUAAGAGAGUACCGGACCACGUCCACGUUGGCGGCGCUGGUUCUGGCGGGGGAGAUACCGUUCAAGCUGCAGACCGCGGUGCGGGCUUAUGUUUAUUAUGUGUUGCGCAUUGUCGGCCGGGUGCUCACUGGGCACGAUUGUUUCGAUGAGUGUCGAAUAGGUACGGAAGCAACGGCGGUUUGCCAUCACUGCGACGAGGUGGUGAACUCGGCGCAGCAUACGCUGGAGGUGUGCCCCACCUUUUCAGCGCUGCGCCGAGUCUUGAUGGACGUUAUUGAGAAAGACUUUUCUCUGCCAGCGGUAGUCGGGGUUAUGCUGGCAAGCGAGUGGUCCUGGGACGCCGUGGUCUCCUUCUGCAAAGAGGUUAUGCCGCAGGAGGUGGCCGCCUAG